AUGUUGGCCAUCACUGGAGCAUCGGGCAAGCUUGGCGGUGCCACACUGUCCGCUUUGCUGUCCUACAAGCUGGUGCAACCGUCGUCCAUCGUCGCCAUCACGUCGUCGCAACCUGAGUCUAAGACAUGGACCACGCUUGCCUCUAAGGGUGUCAAUGUUCGCCACGGGACCUUCGACGAUGCGUCAACGCUAGAGACUGCGCUCCAGGGGUGCACCAAGUUCUUUCUCGUCUCAACACCACGGAUCGAGUUGGACUUCAAUGACGCACCAGAGGGCCAGGGCCGCGAGAAGCAUCACAUGGCCGCCAUAAAUGCUGCACGAAGAGCCGGCGUCAGACACAUCUACUAUUCCUCGCUAGCCUUCGGUAACCCCAGCAAAGCCGGCGUUAUGCGUGCGCAUAUACGGACAGAGGCCUACUUGGCGUCACUCAAGGAUGUCAAAGUGACCAUCAUACGUGAAGGGCUGUAUAACGAGUCCUGGCCACUUUACCUGGGAUACUACGACCCAAAGGGUGACGAUAGAGAGACCGUGCCUUUGGCGGGUGAUGGGAAGAUCUGCUGGACGGCCAUUGACGACCUCGGACUCGGCAACGCACUGGUCCUGGAAGCGCCGAGUGAUAACUAUGCCGGGAAGACGUUCUAUCUGUCCACCGGACCAGAUACGGCAAAGACAAUGCAGGAUGUUGCAGCCUUGGUUGCUAAGAACAGGAGUCAAGCUGUAAGUGUGGAGCUUGUCGGACGAAAGGGCCAUGAGGACUUUUACAUCAAGACGAGGAACAUGGAUGCUCCGGCAGUUGAGUGGUGGUCGAGCACUUAUGACGCCCUACGGGAUGGGGAGUGUCUUAUCAAUGACCCAACCUUGACGAAGUUGUUAGAUUCAAAAGGCAGGAAGGCGAUCCCAAUGGAGGGUACCGUGGCUGCGAUGGUACGGGGAUGA